AUGAAGUUUUGGCAAGUUGCAACCGCGGCCUUGCUGGCUGGCUUUGGCCAAGUCGACGCCAAAUCAACCUUCUCGCCCGCCCGCCCUCCUGCGGCCCCUCUUGCUGUCCGGUCUCCUUAUCUCAAUGUCUGGCUUAACGGACGGACAGAUGGUGGUGAAAGUGGCAUCCUACCUAACCAGUGGCCGCGCUUCUGGACGGAGGGUGUCCAGGGCUGGCAAGGCUUCAUCAAGGUCGACGGCAAGACGUACAACUGGAUGGGGAACCACCCCAGCCCCGACUUCGCCGACCAAACGGCCCAAAGCUACACCUCGACCAAGACCGAGUUUGUCAUGAACGUCGGUAGCAAGGUCGAGCUCACGGUCAGCUUCCUCUCGCCAGUGUUUCCCACCGACCAUAUGCGCCAGUCGAUUCCUUUUGCAUACAUGAACUUGGAGGUCAAGUCCAUCGACGGACGCCCCCACUCUGUGCAGGUUUACAGCGAUGUCUCUGGAGGCAAGCGUUGCAUAGAGUUUGCAUCUGGCGAUAGUAGUGCUGUUAUUCAGUGGGAACACCAAAACACCAACGGCCUACAUUCACACCACUUCUGGCGAGUGAACCAGGAUGUCUUUAACGAGGCCAAUGAUCAAGCUUCAUGGGGCCACUGGUACUGGACGACAAAGGAUCAACGCGGUGUCAGCUACCAGAUCGGUCAGGACACCGCUGUUCGUAGCCAGUUUAUGAACAAUGGCUAUCUGGAUGGUAGCAUUGACACACAGUUUCGUGCUGUCCACGACAGAUGGCCCGUCUUUGCUCUUUCUCGCGACCUCGGAAAAGUCAGCGGAUCGGUCACGACGCUCUUUACGAUCGGCAUUGCCCAGGACGAGGGUAUCCAAUACCAUGGUGUCGGCGACCAGAAGGGGCUGCCGUCUCUAUGGAAGGACUAUUUCAACAACGAUACCGAUCUUGUCAAAUUCUUCUACGACGACUAUGGCUACUCCCUCGAGCAGUGCUUACAACUCGAUCACCGUAUCGCUGCUGACUCCAAGUCUGCUGCCGGCCAAGACUAUGCCACCAUCACCAGCCUGGCUCUGCGGCAGUUUUAUGGCGCUAUCCAGCUGGUAGGUACGAAAAAUAACAUCAAGGUCUUUAUGAAGGAGAUUAGCUCGGACAGUGAUAUCCAGACCGUGGACGUGCUCUUCCCAGCCUUCCCAGCCAUGGUUUAUCUCAACCCCAAUCUCAUCAAAUGGAGCCUCGAGCCACUGCUGGAGUACCAGAAGAGCGGUCGCUAUCCCAAUAAAUGGGCAGUUCACGAUCUCGGCCGAUAUCCGCGCGCUCUCGGCUACGACUCUGGCAACGACGAGCCGAUGCCACUGGAAGAGUGUGGCAACAUGAUUAUCAUGAUGCUGUCCUAUGCCCAAAAGUCCGGAGACAACAAGUGGCUGGCUGACAACUGGGAUCUGCUAACACGAUGGGCCGAGUAUCUCAUCCAGGACGCCAGGAUUCCCGCACACCAGCUCUCGACGGAUGACUUUGCGGGCCAGCUCGCCAACCAGACCAACCUCGCCAUCAAGGGCAUCAUCGCCCUGGAGGCCAUGUCGGAGAUCGCCACGCGCGCCGGGCAGGGCGACCAGAAGCAGCGCUACAGCGACGUCGCGCACGAGUACUACGACUUCUGGUCGGCGCACGGCAUCAACCGCAACGCGUCGCGGCCGCACUCGACGCUGGCCUACGACGACAUGGACAGCUACGGGCUGCUGUACAACCUGUGGGGCGACAAGGUGCUGAGGCUCGGGUUCGUGCCGGAGGAGGUGUACGCGAUGCAGAGUGCGUGGUACCCGCGCGUGGCCAACGAGUACGGGAUGGUGCUGGACACGCGCGGGACGCUGACCAAGACGGACUGGGAGAUCUUCGCGGCGUCGACGGCGGAGGAGGCGACCAAGAUGGAGUUCGUCCGGCUCAUCGCCAAGUGGAUCAACGAGACCAAGACGUGGAGGGCGCUGACGGACCUGUACGACACCAAGGACGGCGGGUAUCCGCGCGGGAUCGAGUUUACGGCGCGACCGGUGGUGGGUGGUUUGUUUGCGAUCCUGGCUCUGCAGUGA